AUGGAUUCAAAUUCAACCGCUCAGAAUGAAAUGGCAACCCACCAAUCUAUUUUUGUCAUUGGAAUGAGGGGAACAGGCAAGACGACCAUGGGCAAAUGGCUUGCGGAGUUAUUGUCCUGGACCUUUGUCGACCUAGACGAGAUGAUAGGAGAGCAGAACGGACUCAAAUCUGCUGAACUGAUCCGGCGCUUUGGCUGGGAUAAAUUUCGACCCCUGGAAAUUGCCGCUCUGAAAGAGACGAUGAGAACAAAGGCACGAAGUCAUGUUAUCUCAUGCGGUGGUGGCAUUGUCGAAACAGAAGAGGCACGCACCUUGCUGAAAGAGUGGCAUGCGACCGGUACCGUUCUUCUUGUUCAUCGGGAUAUGCAGCAAGUAGUCGAAUAUCUUCGUGCUGACAAGACUCGGCAUGAAUUCCCACAAGACAUACAAGAAAUUUAUGAGCGCCGAAAGCCGUGGUUUGAGGAGUGCAGCAAUCUGUCUUAUUUAAGCCCACGUUCCCAUCAUGGUGAUGGUAUUCCACAGCAUUUUGAGCAUUUCGUGCGUGGCAUAAAGAGGCGGGCGCUUGAAGAAGGUAGAGCAAUCUCGAGUGAACAGUCCGAGUCAUCGCCAUCUUCACAACCGCCCACACCACCUAUUGAUUGCCUUACUGUAGAGAUUUGA